AUGUGGAACGUCGACCGAGGCGCGCUGUGCAGCCUGCAAGCAAGCGCACUAUUGCAAUCGACAGCACAUGAAGCAGGCGAGCCUGAGACACUUUUAGCACCAGAUUGGAAGCACCAUAAACCUGAGUGCCUCGCACUCAGGGCUUCACUCGCCCCACAACUUCAAAGCACGAUAACCACACCACCGGCUUCUGAUACCGGUCAACAACUCAAAGAAUGUACCGCCAUUCUUCUUCCAUUCGAUUCUGCCACUCCUCGCCUCAUCCGUCUCAGUUACACCGUCGAAUAUGACGAAGACGAUCAGCAAUGGAACCACCACGCAUAUCCUGCGAUCGAGAAGUGGAUCAGAACGCAUAGCUCGAUAGGGCUCGAGUAUGCGACUUUCAUACCGCGAGAUCUCCCUUAUACAUUCUGCAUGUACCACGACGACUGCUUUUUGAUCGACGGAUCGCCGUUCAAUCGAUGUGCACUCGCCCUCGCCGGACCAGAGCUUGGACAUAGAUGGGGAGAUAAUAUGAUUUUUGCGAAAGUUGAGAAGCCUACAAGACUCAUCCAUCGGUUCUUGGACGUCGAAAUGGGUGACUUGAAGUACGUCAAGAGCUUUCUUAAGCUGUACCGUACUACUACUUAGGGGG